AUGUUAGGAUACCCCAGAAGCUGGGAAAUGGGACUGUUGACAUUUAUGGAUGUGGCAAUAGAGUUCUCUCUGAAGGAGUGGGCAUGCCUGGACCCUGCCCAGCGGAAUUUGUAUAGGGAUGUGAUGUUAGAGACCUACAGAAACCUGGUUGAUGUGGGUCUUACUGCCUCUAAGCCAGACCUGAUCACCUGUCUGGAGCAAGGGAAAGAACCCUGGAAGGUGAAAAGACUUGAGACAGUAGCCAAACACCCAGGACUUGCUGCUUCUAAGCCAGACCUGAUCACAUGUCUGGAGCAAAGCAAAGAGCCCUGGAAUAUGAAGAGAGAAGAGGUAACAGCUAAACACCCAGGUAGGUGA